AUGGCGCGCCUACUGUUCGUCGUGUCGUUCGCCGUCCUGCUGGCGGUGGCGUCCGCAGGACAAUCCGUCGUGACGGGACCCAGCAACCCCGCGGUCAACCUGGACAAUGCCAAGGGCGCGAAUGGCGUGGCUACGGAGGUCCCUCCUGGCAUCGAGAAGGCGGCGGCCGCCGGCGGGCUUGACAAGUUUGAGGGCAUGACCAUCGUGAGCCCGAGCACGGACAGUGUGCUGAUGGUGGACGUGAAAGUGGCCGGAUGGAACAAAAUGAAGUGCCACAAGGACCUGGGCAAGCCCGGGGACGGCGCGUGCACGCCCGCCAACUGCAGCAAGGGCGGCAUCGCCGCCAAGUGGAAGACAUCGAACCUGCUCAAGAACAAGCUGGGUGUGGAGGUGUACGUGAAGGGCAACCCUCUCACGCUCAAGAAGGCGUCCCCGCAGACGUGCUGCAACACGUGCGCGGGAUACGCUGGCUGCACGUACUGGCAGUACAUCCCCGACAUCACGAUCGACGGCAAGAAGACGGAGGGCGCGUGCUACCUGGUGCACGACAACAUCGACUACUCGUGCGGCGAGCUGACGGCGCAGUACGCGACGGACUCGAAGCCGGUUCAUCUGCAGGUGCGCACGGGCGGCGAGUGCAACCCCGCGGGACACAUCAAGGACGACCCGCAUCUGGUGGGCGCGUACGGCACGCACUUCGACUUCAACGGGCGCCCCGACAAGGCGUUCUGCCUGCUGACGGACAAGGACCUGCACGUGAACAUGCUGCUGCGCGGGUACUACUCGGACGACACGGAGAAUGCGGCUCUCGUUGUGGACGGCAAGGCCGUGCACACGUGGAUCAAGGAGCUGGGCAUCGUGUGGUUCGCCAACGGCGCCGACCACAAGGUGCGGCUCGCGGCGCGCUCUGGCAAGAAGCAGGAGCGCGGUGAUGGGUUCAUGAAGACGAUCGAGAUCGACGGCGAGGAGAUCCCGAGGAUGAGCGUGGGUGACGAGGUGACUACCGAGGGCGGUCUGACUCUGCGAUUCGCGGCUCUGGAGAAGGAGGGCCCGUAUGACGUGGACUACUACACGCUCGUCAUCGACGGGCUUGUGACGCUCGACCUGCGUCUGCGUGUCGCCAACCCCAAGCUGCAGACGCCCACCGAGGCCGAGGCGCACAUUAAUGUCGGGAUCGUUGAGAUGGAGCACACCGACGACGUGCACGGCGUGCUCGGCCAGACGUACCGCCCCGACCACGCUGCGCGCGCCGCCGACUUCCAGAAGAUGAUCGCGACCCUGCACCGUCCGAUCUCAGCAGAAAGCACCGAGGGUGCUGGGUUCCUGGACGGCACUCCCCGUAUGUACGAGUCGAGCUCCGUGCUAUCCGUGGACUGCGCGUACACCGACGAAUCUCGCCGUCGAUUCCUCACCUGCUCUGCGCGCGCACGGAAAAUCGGCGCUGAGGAAGUUUCCGCCGAACGCUCUUCUCCUUCCGCCGACGCAAAAACAGCUGCAGACGGGGAGAAUGUAGCUGAGAAUACGGCGGCGGGGGAUACGGAGAAGAAGGCGGAGGAUGCAGGGAAGAAGGCGGAGGAUGCGGGGAAGAAGGCGCAGAAGCGGGGGAAGGAGCUGGAGAAACGCUUGCGCCGGUUGCGGGAAGUAAUGGCGGAAGUGGAUGGGGGGAAGGGCGUCGACGCCUUUAUCAUCCCGUCGGAAGACCCGCACCAGAGCGAGUACAUGGCGCCGUGCUUCGAGCGCCGCGCGUUCAUCUCGGGCUUCACGGGCUCCGCGGGCACGGCGGUGGUCACGCGCGAGCGCGCGCUGCUGUGGACGGACGGGCGCUACUUCCUGCAGGCGGAGCAGCAGCUUCCGCCGGGCUGGGACCUCAUGCGCGCGGGCAUGCCCGGCGUGCCCUCCGUCGCGGACUGGCUGGCGGAAGCUCUCCCCGCGGGCAGCCGAGUGGGGGUGGACCCGGUAAGUGGAAUGGAGGAUGGGAAAAAGGGGCGAGUGGGGGUGGACCCGUUUGUGCACUCGGCAGACAAAGUGAGGGGCCUGGCGGACACGCUUGCAGCGUGCGUAUGUGUUCAUCCUUCCCCCUCUUCUUUCCCUCCCCCCUCCCUCUUUCGCCUUCAGUUUGUGCAUUCGGCUGAAAACGUGAGGGGCCUGGCGGACACGCUGGCAGCGUCGUCGUCCGUGGUGGUGCCGCUGCUGCGCGAGAGCAACCCCGUUGACGUGGUUUGGGGCGCGGAGGUCACACAAACGGCCUCCCUGCCACACGGGGCUCGCCUGUGGCUGGACCCUUCCUCCGCCUCCUCUGCGGUCCUCUGCUCUGUUGAAGCCGCCUGCGCUCAGUACUACGAACAGAGAGCGUCAGGGAAGGGAGGGUUUGGGGGAAAGAAGGGGAAGAAGGGCGAGAAGGGGGAGAAAAAGAGCAAGGAGGGGAAGGGAGGGAAGGGGAAGGAGGAGCGAGGGGGAGCAGGCGGGGAGGAAGUGGAAGGGCCGGCAGUGCUCAGCCGAACCACCCCCAUCUCUCUGGCCAAGGCGCUGAAGAACGAGUCUGAGAUUGAGGGGAUGAAGAACGCGCACAUUAGGGAUGCGGUGGCAAUGGCGCAUUUCUGGGAGUGGGCGGAGAGGGCGGUGGUGGAGGAGGGGAGGGCGGUGACAGAGGUGGAGCUGGGGGAGAGGCUCGAGGCGUUCCUCGCACAGCAGGAGGGGUUCCUCGAUACCAGCUUUGAUACCAUUGCAGGUUCGGGCAAGAACGGGACGAUCAUUCACUACCGAGCCGAGGAGGACAACUGUGCGGUGGUGGAUCCUUCCAGGAUGCUUCUGCUGGACAGCGGAGCACAGUAUGUGGACGGCACAACAGACAUCACGCGCACUGUUCACUUCGGGACGCCCUCCGACUAUGAGGAGUGCUACACACACACGCGUGCUGCAGGUGAGGGGUGCUGUGAGGGCCAUAUCGCGCUAGAUUGUGCGGUGUUCCCCCAGGGCACGCCCGGAUUUUCCCUGGACAUUCUGGCCCGCAAGGCAUUGUGGGGCAUGGGGCUGGACUGCCUUCACGGCACGGGGCAUGGCGUGGGCGCUGGGCUGAACCACUAG